GCGGACCGAUUAUACUGGAGCACCAACUAGCGUUCAGACAAAAACAAACCACAGUGAACAUGGACAAAGAAGCUGAUGAGACCGCUUUGGUUGGCUCUUUAUGUUGUUGGUGCAACUGAAACUUUAUGUAUUAUGUUGCUUCAGAGGCCAUGCUGUUAUGGCCUCUGAAGCAACAGAGAUGUUGUCUACAGUAAUAGUCAGGGUUUCCAAUGUUCUGAAUGUACUUGAAAGUAUUGUGUUUUACUUAAACAGUUUACAGAAGGUCUACCUACCUAUAGGGUACCUGAUUUUCUGAAAUGUAGGCUACUAUAUUUCUAAAUAUCCUAUUGCUACACUUAAUGACAAUAUUGCACUGGUCUGUUGGACUUGGUUGAACAAAAAUAAACAAUAUUUAGUUAAGCUUAUGUAUUCAGUCAUUAUUCAAUGGUAUACUAAAAAUCCAUAUGAAAAAACUUCUCACUGUUCUCAGGUCAAAUAUUUAUAUGCGAUUAAUUUCGAUUAAUUAAUUACAAAGCCUCUAAUUAAUUAGAUUUUUUUUUUAGUCCGAGUCCCGGCCCUAAUUAAUAUGUAAAAUAAUUAAUACAUACAUAGAUGGACAGGCACAAAAUCACAAAAUUUUGGCGUAUCCGUUCAGAGUAGCAGACUAUCUCAGCUGUCAAUCAUGACGUCACACUCCUGUUUUUAUAGCCUCAUAUAACUAACUAACACCAAAACUAAAACUAAAACGAACACUUGAACUUACAUCAGGGUGAUAAAAAACACAUAUAUAUAUAUUUGAGAAAAAAAAUGAAGUGAACUUUAAUUAUUUAGUCUGUCUCGCGUCCCAUUAGAUUACACGAAAAGAGCGGGGUUCAUGGCCUAUACUGGGACCAGCCACCUGGGGUCUUUCAAAAAGUUCUGGUCUCACUUUUCAAGACGCUUGGUGGAGACUCGCUCCCUUUUGAAGUUACCGUCCAGUUCUGGAAUCCACUCCUAAUAUAUCUACUUGGAGAACAACAGGCACAGUGGAGUUUGGUUUUUGACGACUCUGCAGCUUGGGAGUCUAACGGAGUCUUAAUCAUCAUUUUCAAUGUCUAAUUUAUCAAAAGCUGUCGGCGUAGGAACAGAAAAGAAUACUUUCUGAAAGCGCAAUGAACAAUGGUUAUUCUACAGAAUCCAUUCCUUAUUUUGCAUAUAGGGAGUGUACUCCUGCAUGGUGUCUCGGGUGCUGAUACAGACAUGGAUUCGGUGUGUGUGAUGGAGGGAGAUUUGGUUACUCUACACACUGGUGUUAAAAAAACCAAAGAAAGUAUAAAAUGGUAUUUUAAUAACAGUUGUGUAGCUCAAAUUAAAGGCAGUCUCAUCUGUGCAGAUGAUCAAUGUCAUGAUAACAAUGAAAGAUUUAGAGACAGACUGGUGCUGGACAAUCAGACUGGAUCUUUGACCAUCACAAACACCAGAAUCACAGACUCUGGAGUUUAUAAACUACAGAUCAACAGCAGCAGCAGCAUCAGUGAAAAGACCUUCAGCAUUUUUGUCCGUGGUGUUCCUGCUGCUGAACGAGAUGAAAUGAAGAUAAAGUCAGUGAACGAGGGAGAUUCUUUCACUUUAGAUCCUGGUGUUAUAAAAAAAACAACUGAUUCAGUGACGUGGCAUUUUAAUGACAUUGGCAUCACUAAUAUCACUGGAGGUCCUGGUGAUAUGUGUACAGAUGAUCAGUGUACACAUCAAUUCUCAGAAUUCCGACACAGACUGAAGCUGGAUCAUCAGACAGGAUCUCUGACCAUCACAAAUGCCAGAACCACAGAUGCUGGAUUAUAUCAUCUAGAGAUCAGCAUAAGCAGCAGACGCAUCACUAUCUGCAGUAUUAAGAUCUUCAGUGUUACUGUUAUUGAAACCUCUGGUGUUGCGACAGAUGAGUCAGUGUCAGUGAUGGAGGGAGAUUCAGUCACUCUACACACUGAUGUCAAGAAAACCCAAGAUGGCAUCAUUAACUGGUAUUUUAAUUCCACUCAGAUUGUUGAAAUCAGUGGAUACCUAGAUAGUAUUAUUAUAAAAGAUGAGUAUAAUGGGAGAUUCAGAGACAGACUGAAGCUGGAUCAUCAGACUGGAUCUCUGACCAUCACAAACAUCACAAUCACAGACUCUGGACGUUAUAUGCUACGGGUCUUCGGAGUCAGUGAAAUUAUCUUCAGUGUUUCUAUUCGUGAGGCAGAAAAAAUAAAGACGACGCCAGUGAAGAAGGGAGAAUCUGUCACUUUAGAUCCUGGUGAAAUAAACACAGAUUAUUUCAUGACAUGGUAUUUUAAUGACAGUUGCAUUGCUGAAAUCAGUGGAGAUCCUAAUAAGAUCUGUUCGGAUGAUCAGUGUAAAGAUGCUGAUGAGAGAUUCAGAGACAGAUUAAAGCUGGAUCGUCAAAUUGGAUCUCUGACCAUCAUGAACAUCAGAACCACAGACUCUGGAAUCUAUAAACUGGAGAUAAACAGCAGCAUCCGUCGUCGUCGCCUCAGCAGCAGCAUCAGCAUCAGUAGCUUUAAGAGCUUCCAUGUUGCUGUCAUUGAAUCAGGUCCGUCUGUGGGAAUAUAUGUUGGUGUUUUUCUGGUGGUGGCUGCUGCUGUGACUGCUGGUGUCAUUUACUGUUGCCGUAAUAACUCUACACAACCAGAACAGAAUGACAUCACGUUGAAUACUUGUCUUCCUAUAAUGGCUGAGAUCAGCAAAGAAUCAUCCCCUAAUCUGAAUGAGAUUGGAAGGGCAACAUCACUGUAACAUUAAUUUACAUUUUUAUACUUUUAUUGCAAGGGAACAUGAGGAGAAAAUGGGAAAGCUAAGUGGAAAGCACUCAAAAGAAAUUGUGUCAUGAUAGCAAGAUUUCAGUAUUCAGCACCAAUACCCAUCAAAUUCUGCCUCAGUACCAAUUUCAACUAAUAGAGUCAUUUUUAUUUAUUUAUUUUGUUUUUUUAAUGAAAAACAUUAUCAACCAUAGAAUAGUGA